AUGGACGGUUCUCUGGCACAGUGUGCCCAGGGUGAGCACUUCCACUUGGUCACACCUCUGCUGGAGAGCUGGGCACUGUCGCAGGUGGUGGGCACAACGGUCUUCCUCAAGUGUGAGAAUGUGCAGCCAGCUGGCUCCUUCAAGAUCCGGGGCAUCGGGCAUUUCUGCCAGGAGAUGGCCAAGAAGGGUUGCAGACACCUGGUGUGCUCCUCAGGGGGCAACGCAGGCGUCGCGGCUGCUUACUGCGCCCGGAAGCUGGGCAUCCCUGCCACCAUUGUGCUCCCCGAGGGCGCCUCCCAGUCUGUGGUGAGACGGCUGCAGGGGGAGGGGGCCGAGGUUCAGCUGACUGGAAAGGUCUGGGACGAGGCCAAUCUGAGGGCACAAGAGUUGGCCAAGAGGGAUGGCUGGGUGGCUGUCCCCCCAUUCGAUCACCCUCUGGUGUGGGAAGGCCACACCAGCCUGGUGCGGGAGCUGAAGGCGGCCCUGGGGACCCCCCCAGGGGCCCUGGUGCUGGCGGUGGGGGGUGGGGGGCUCCUGGCCGGGGUGUCAGCAGGCCUGGCGGAGGUGGGCUGGCAACACGUGCCCAUUGUCGCCAUGGAGACCCGAGGGGCACACAGUUUCAAUGCGGCCGUGGAGGCAGGCAGGCUGGUCACCCUGCCCAACAUCACCAGUGUGGCCAAGUGCCUGGGGGCCAAGACGGUGGCUGCACGGGCCCUGGAGUGCAUGCAGGAGUUUGAGAUCAUCUCCGAGAUGGUGGAGGACCGCGAGGCUGUGAAUGCUGUGCAGCGGUUCCUUGAUGAUGAGCGCAUGUUGGUGGAGCCUGCCUGCGGGGCAGCCUUAGCGGCCGUCUACUCAGGCCUGCUGGGGAGGCUGCAGGCCGAGGGCCGCCUGAGCCCCGCCCUGGCCUCCAUUGUGGUCAUCGUGUGUGGAGGCAACAGCAUCGACAGCCGGGAGCUGCAGGCUCUGAAAGCCCAGCUGGGCCAGAGCUGA